CAACACCCUUCUUUCAUCUCCCUCCCUAUAAAAGCUUCCCUACCUUCUCAUAACUCAAAUGCACAAGUCUUAGAGAGUAGCUAGAGAAGCCAUUCCCAUCUCUGUCUUCUGCUACUAGCUGGACAGAUUCAAGAUGACUACACAUGCGGUCAAUGGCAUGCUCGGUGGCAUCGGACAAAACGACGCUCACGCUAAGAAAUUUUUUGACAGGCUGAUAUCAGGAAAGAGGCUCUUGAAGCUGAAAGAAUUAUCAGAAGAGCUAGAUCAAGCUGUGCCUAACAAAGAUGAAAGAGCCAAUUUUUUGGAGGGAAAAAUAGGCAAGAUUCUGAGUUCUGCACAGGAGGCUGCUGUUGUGCCGCUUAAUGUUGCUGUUGAGUGGCAUAAAUCGCAUAAUGUUGCGUUUUCAUGCAGACACAACCCUGGAAGUUGGGACUACUUCAAAGUCAAUGCCAUGGACUUGUCUGUUGAGAGAACCACUGCUAAAGAAUAUCUAACUUUCAAAGAAAUGGUGUUUGAUGAAAACUGGGCGAAGGAUGAAAAUGCACUGGAAGUUAAUUUUGGGGCAUUUGACUACCCUAAUCCUCUCAGACCUGGCUCCAUAGGAAAGGGGCUCAACUUUAUCUCAAAAUCCAUGUCAUACAAAUUUAGUGAAAUCCUUGAAGAUUCAAAGCCUUUGCUUGACUACCUUCAAUCUCUUUAUCAUAAUGGAGAGAAGCUUAUGAUCAAUAAGACCCUUGAUACAGUGGAAAAGCUUAAUGAUGCGUUAAUAGAAGCUAAACGUCAUCUGCGUGAUCAACCAAACAACACGCCUUACAAAAAUUUUGAGCACCAGCUAAGGGAAAUGGGGUUUAUGAAAGGAUGGGGGGAUAGUGCAGGGAGAGUGAAAGAGACAAUGGGAAUGCUUUCUGAAAUUCUUGAAGGGCUGGGCACUGACGGCGUUGAAUCAUUCUUCAGCAGACUGCCAUCUGUAUUCAACAUUGUGAUCUUGUCCAUUCACGGCUACUUUGGCCAAGAAAAAGUUCUUGGGUUGCCUGAUACCGGAGGCCAGGUGGUUUACAUUCUCGAUCAAGUAAGAGCCUUGGAGAAACAAAUGCUGCAAAGAAUUGAGCAGCAAGGAUUAGAUUUUAAACCCAACAUUCUUGUAGUGACUCGCCUUAUACCGGAUGCCAGAGGGACGAAGUGCAACCAAGAGCUCGAGCCUAUAUUCGGCACAUCUCAUUCUCACAUUCUGCGGGUCCCAUUUAGAACAGACAAUGGAGGAAUUCUGCAGGAAUGGGUUUCUAGAUUUGAUAUUUAUCCAUACUUGGAGAGGUUUUCCCAGGAUGCUACCACCGAGAUUGUUGAGAGGAUGAAAUGUAAACCAGACCUCAUAAUUGGAAACUACACUGAUGGAAAUUUGGUUGCAUCUCUCAUGUCCACCAAACUUGGAGUUACACAGGCAACAAUUGCUCAUGCAUUGGAGAAAACAAAAUAUGAAGACUCUGAUGUGAAGUGGAAAGACUUGGACCCGAAAUACCACUUUUCUGCCCAAUUCACAGCAGACUUGAUAGCAAUGAAUGCCUCUGACUUUGUUAUUGCAAGCACAUCUCAAGAAAUCGCUGGAAGCAAAACAAAACCUGGACAGUAUGAGAGCCAUAUGGCCUUUACAAUGCCAGGCCUAUGCAGAGUUGUUUCUGGCAUCAAUGUCUUUGAUCCCAAGUUCAACAUUGUGGCCCCAGGGGCAGAUCAGUCCGUCUACUUCUCAUUCGCGCACAGGGAGCAACGUUUCACCUCCUUUGACCGUGAAAUUGAGGAUUUACUUUACAAAAAUGGGGAUACUAACGAACACAUUGGAGUUUUGGAGGACAAGAAGAAACCAAUAAUAUUCUCAAUGGCAAGACUAGACACAGUGAAGAAUCUUACAGGAUUGACUGAAUGGUAUGGGAAAAACAAAAGACUGAGAGACUUGGUAAACCUUGUGAUCGUGGGGGCAUUCUUCGAUCCAUCAAAAUCAAAAGACCGAGAAGAAGCCUCAGAAAUCAAGAAGAUGCAUGAGUUAAUAGCCAAGUACAACCUCAAAGGACAGAUAAGAUGGAUAGCAGCCCAAACAGACAGAAACAGAAAUGGAGAGCUAUACAGAACCAUUGCAGACACAAAGGGGGCAUUCAUACAACCCGCUUUGUAUGAAGCUUUCGGGCUAACCGUGAUUGAAGCAAUGAACUGUGGGCUCCCCACAUUUGCCACCAACCAAGGGGGGCCAGCGGAGAUAAUUGUCGAUGGAACCUCAGGCUUUCAUAUUGAUCCUUACAAUGGGGACGAGUCAAGCAAUAAGAUCGCUGACUUCUUUGAGAAAUGCAAGUCUGAUGGAGCUUAUUGGGAUAAGAUAUCUACACAAGCUUUAGAGCGCAUAAACGAAUGUUUUACAUGGCAGAUUUAUGCGGAGAAAGUGCUGAACAUGGGAUCAGCGUACAGAUGUUGGAGGGAGACGCACUCUAGGCAAAAACAUGCAAAGGGGCGAUACCUUGAGCUAUUCUACAAUCUCCACAUGAGGAAACUGGCCAAGAACGUAGCACCAGAGAGGAAGCCAACAGAAGUUGUUUCAGAAAAAGCGAAAUUCGGAGAAGUAAUGCGAAUAACUACCCAAAAACAUCAGAGGAAGUUAAGUGAAUGGUGGGGGAAGAAGAGGGAAGGAGAGGAAGAGUGCGUGACAUCAUCAUCUGUAGCACUCAACUUGCUGUGCUCAUUAACAGUUGUUGCAUCCAUCAUUCUCUAUACCUUUGUCAAAGUUUACCGCUAGGUGGAAUGAUUAUAACAACACAACCUACACAUUCUCAGAGCGAGAGCCACCAAAGAAUUUGAUUAACUUAUUCAGUUCAUUCAGAUUUAUGAUGUAAACAUAUCAUAAUUUCAUAAUACGAA